AAACGUUGGUCAUUUUACUAAUAUAAUGAUCCACGUGGAAGGUGUUAACAGUUUCAGGUGCUAAUGCACUUUUACUGACUUUUUAUAACAAUUUAUCUUCGGUGUUUCAUAACUCUAAUUAGCCGACCCUUUUAGCGCCGCGUGAAAAAUGUAUGAAAAAAGCAUAGAAACAUAAAUCUUAAUUAUUUUAAACAAUUACACAAAAAGCGAAAUAGGGAAAUAAAUAACAAGCCUAAGGCGAAGCGCAGCGCAAAGCGGCAAAAGAACCAAACCGCGAGCAAAACAAAAAAAAACACCAACUUAUAAAAUACUAUAAGCCCAGCCGAAGCUGCGGUUCAAGCUCGAUGACGUCACAAGCGCGGCUUUGGUCGAGCGGAGAGCGGUAAGCAGCGCAGCGCAGUCGGCGUCGACGUCGACGCCGGCGAUAUAUCCAAUAGCGCGCCAAAAUAAGAAGUCGAAAUUCAUUCCUUUCGAGCCCACAACGUUCAAAUUCGUUUGCUACGCUCACGAGAGCGGACGUGCAGUGCGGAAAAAUCCGACAAAAUCAGGCAAAGUCGCCAGAUCCAAACUAAAUACGGAAUAAGCAAAGAUACAAAAGCGCAAUUCCACACGAAACAAACUCAAAACUCAAAACAAAUCCACAUUAAUAUCGCGUCUGUUGCUUGCGGUUGUGUUUCGUCCGCAUUUAAAUUAACGGGCAAAAACGACGAGAAAUUACAUAAAUCAAAAGCUAAAAAGCUAAUUAAAUAGAAAACCUGUGUCAAAGCGAAGUGUGAUUAACUCCCCGAUAUCUAAACAGAUAACAGUCGAAUCGAGCAAAUCCAGUGCCAGUCUGCCUAAAAAUGGAGAAAAAUAACAACGAGCACCCCGCCGAGAAUGCGCAAGUCCUGGCCAACGGACACGUCCACCCCAAUGCCAAUGGCGUGGUCCACCCUAAAAAGGAGGCAGUCGCUCCUGCUGCGGACGCCUGGCGCCAAGUCCUGUGGAAUACCUGGGACGCCUUUGCGGACGUGGCAUGGUUCAUCAUCUGCUGCAUUGGAUACAUCUUGCAGGAUCUUUACUACAUUGCCUUCGGCUAUCCCGAAAAGGAGCUCAACACAGACAUAGCACUGAUCACAGGUGGUGGCAACGGCCUUGGGCGCCUUCUAGCUGAGAGAUUGGGAAAAAUGGGAACCAAGGUCGUUAUCUGGGACAUCAACAAGAAGGGCAUUGCGGAAACCGUCCAAAUUGUCGAAGAUGCGGGUGGUUAUUGCAAGGGCUAUGUGGUGGAUAUAUCCAAAAAAGAGGAGGUCUACAAGGCAGCAGAUGUCAUCAGAGACGAAGUCGGUGAUAUCACUCUGCUGAUCAACAAUGCGGGCGUUGUAUCUGGACUGCACCUUUUGGAUACACCUGACCAUCUGAUCGAAAGAUCGUUCAAUGUGAAUGUCAUGGCACACUUUUGGACGACAAAAGCGUUUCUGCCCAAAAUGAUUGAGAAUGAUCGAGGACACAUUGCCACGAUCGCCUCGCUGGCCGGCCAUGUGGGCAUUAGCAAAUUGGUCGAUUACUGUGCGAGUAAAUUCGCAGCGGUUGGCUUUGAUGAGGCUUUGAGGCUGGAGCUGGAAGUCCUUGGACAUACGAACAUCCGAACCACCUGCAUCUGCCCCUUCUUCAUCCAGGCCACUGGCAUGUUCGACGACGUGAAUGCCAGAUGGGUCCCCACGCUGAAUCCCAACGAUGUGGCCGAUCGUGUCAUUGCGGCCAUCAGGAAGAACGAGAAACUGGCCGUCAUUCCCGGUUUCCUGAAGGUCCUCCUCUCCUUCAAGUGGACCUUCCCCUGGGGCUGCGUGGGUGGCUUGCUGAAGCGCCUGGUGCCCGACGCCUCCCCCCACGGCCUGCCCAGCUCCAUAGCCGUGCCCGCCGUACCGCUGAACUCCAGUUCCAAGUCGACGGCCGCCGAUAUUGCCGCUCUGGAUGCUGAGCUAAGUAGCGUUACCCUGCCGGCCAAGCCACCCUCGAUGCUCAUCCAAAGGACACCGUCGCUGGGGGAGCGAGUCCUUUAAGCGCCCAAGACCAAGAGCACACCAUCCACUCCUGUUGUUUGCUCACAUUCUUUUUUCAACGUCGUGUGCAUUUUAUGAGCGUGGAGUUACGAGCAUGUGUAAUUGAUUUUCGUGUUGUUGGCGUUUGACUGCGAGGAACCAAUAC